CCGCGCAGGAGCCCCACUCCUCCCCGCCCCCAGCCACCCAACCCCUCUCCCUCCGUCCGUCCCCUGUUCUUCAUGCGACACCCCCACCUCAUUCAGCGACAGAAUCCCUGUUGACCGAGCCUCCUUCCGCGCCACACGUAGUAAACUAACCCCCCGGGGCAGUUUAUGGGGUUUGCGCAUGAGCAUCCGCAGGAUGCACCCCGCCCACGCCGGUCCUCCUGGGAGGGGACGGCUUGUGCACGCAUGCGUGAGAACCUGCUCGUGCAAUGCCGCCCGGCCAGGAACUCGGGGUGAUUUUGCGCAUGCGCAGCAGCAGGGCCGCGCUCCGAACGGAGAGGGUGCCUUGGCUGGUUGCUGCCCGAGACGGAGGCAACGGGCACGGUGCAAUAUUAUGGUUAUGAAAGCUUCAGUAGAAGAUGAUGAUUCAGGAUGGGAGCUCAAUAUACCUGACAAGAUGGAAAAGGGUAAUACAAACUGGAUCGAUAUUACCCAGGAGUUUGAAGAGGCCUGUAGAGAAUUGAAGUUGGGAGAACUGCUUCAUGACAAGCUUUUUGGUCUUUUUGAAGCUAUGUCUGCUAUUGAAAUGAUGGAUCCCAAGAUGGAUGCUGGCAUGAUUGGAAACCAAGUUAAUCGAAAGGUUCUUAACUUUGAGCAAGCUAUCAAGGAUGGCAUCAUUAAAAUUAAAGAUCUAUCUUUACCUCAGAUGAUUGGGAUAAUGGAUACUUGUUUUUGCUGCUUGAUAACAUGGUUGGAAGGUCAUUCCUUGGCACAAACAGUGUUUACUUGCCUAUAUAUACAUAAUCCAGACUUCAUAGAAGAUCCUGCCAUGAAGGCUUUUGCUCUGGGGAUCCUAAAAAUCUGUGAUAUUGCCAGAGAAAAAGUAAAUAAAGCUGCAGUUUUUGAAGAGGAAGAUUUUCAGUCCAUGACCUAUGGGUUUAAAAUGGCUAAUAGUGUGACAGAUCUUCGAGUUACAGGCAUGCUAAAAGAUGUAGAAGAUGACAUGCAGCGAAGAGUAAAGAGCACUCGAAGUCGACAAGGAGAAGAGAGAGAUCCAGAGGUUGAACUUGAACAUCAGCAGUGCUUAGCAGUAUUCAGCAGAGUGAAGUUUACCCGUGUACUACUGACAGUUCUUAUCGCCUUCACCAAAAAAGAGACAAGUGCAGUUGCAGAAGCUCAGAAACUAAUGACUCAAGCAGCUGACCUGCUUUCUGCCAUCCACAACUCAUUACAUCAUGGUAUCCAGGCUCAGAAUGAUACUACAAAAGGAGAUCAUCCUAUUAUGAUGGGUUUUGAGCCCCUUGUUAACCAGAGGUUGCUCCCUCCUACUUUUCCUCGAUAUGCAAAAAUAAUUAAAAGGGACGAAAUGGUCAACUAUUUUUCGAAACUUAUAGACAGAAUAAAAACUGUAUGUGAAGUGGUCAACUUAACUAAUUUGCACUGUAUACUGGAUUUUUUCUGUGAAUUUAGCGAGCAAUCACCUUGUGUUCUUUCAAGAUCUCUCUUACAGACUACAUUCCUUGUGGAUAACAAGAAGGUAUUUGGUACGCAUCUCAUUCAAGACAUGGUGAAAGAUGCAUUAAGAUCUUUUGUCAGUCCUCCAGUACUUUCUCCUAAAUGUUGUCUAUAUAACAACCAUCAGGCUAAGGACUACAUUGAUUCUUUUGUGACCCAUUGUGUUCGGCCGUUCUGUAGUCUGAUUCAAAUCCAUGGACACAAUAGGGCUCGCCAGAGAGAUAAACUGGGUCAUAUUCUUGAAGAAUUUGCCACUCUGCAGGAUGAGGCAGAGAAAGUAGAUGCAGCACUUCACAGUAUGCUGCUGAAACAGGAACCCCAAAGGCAACAUCUGGCUUGUUUGGGAACCUGGGUCCUCUAUCAUAAUCUCCGCAUCAUGAUACAGUAUCUUCUGAGUGGCUUUGAAUUGGAACUUUAUAGUAUGCAUGAGUAUUAUUACAUAUACUGGUAUCUGUCUGAGUUUCUCUAUGCCUGGCUGAUGUCAACACUGAGCCGUGCUGAUAGCUCUCAAAUGGCAGAAGAGAGAAUAAUGGAAGAGCAGCAGAAAGGCCGUAGUAGUAAGAAAACAAAGAAAAAGAAAAAAGUUCGUCCUCUGAGCAGAGAGAUCACCAUGAGCCAAGCAUAUCAGAAUAUGUGUGCUGGGAUGUACAAGACGAUGAUAGCUUUUGACAUGGAUGGUAAAGUGAGAAAACCCAAAUUUGAGCUUGAUAGUGAGCAAGUUCGAUAUGAGCACAGGUUUGCUCCAUUCAACAGUGUCAUCACGCCACCACCAGUGCACUAUCUGCAGUUCAAGGAAAUGUCUGACCUAAAUAAAUACAGCCCCCCUCCACUGUCCUCUGAUCUCUAUAUGGCAGCUAGCAAACACUUCCAGCAGGCUAAAAUGAUACUGGAGAAUAUUCCUAACCCAGAUCAUGAGGUCAACCGAAUUCUAAAAGUUGCUAAACCCAACAUUGUGGUCAUGAAGCUGCUGGCAGGAGGACACAAGAAGGAUUCUAAGGUUCCUCCAGAAUUCGACUUCUCUCCUCACAAAUAUUUCCCAGUUGUGAAACUUGUUUGAAAGACAAGAGAUUAUUAUUAGGAUACCUGAACUGUAAUCUGUAUUUCAGAUACCUGCUUUGAAAUGGAGUAUUUUAUACUGUAGCCAGAAGUGAAAUGGAUCUCUUGGAUAAAAGUACUGUUGUAUGGAGUAUCUUUAGUCUGAUGUCGUUACAUGACCUGAAUGACAACUGCUGUUUUAAAGUGGUUUGUAUAAUAAUCUAUGGGUGAAAUGGUUUUUAAUCAACUGCAUUAUUGAACAAUAUUAUACCUUAUUGGUUUUAUUACAGAUUUACUCAUAAAUCCUUUUAAUGAA